CAGACAGUCUUGAGGAAUAGAGACACCCCAAGGAAUGAAUUCAUAUUCUACGCGGAUCGCCUGAUUCGGUUGAUUGUUGAAGAGGGCCUGAAUCAGCUCCCGUACGAAGAAGUAACAGUUACUACCCCUACUGGUCACUUGUUUCACGGAGUGAAGUUUUUGCGAGGUAACUGUGGCGUAUCUGUAGUUCGUUCCGGAGAGGCCAUGGAAAGAGGACUUCGGGAUUGCUGUCGUUCCAUUCGAAUAGGGAAGAUUCUCAUUCAAGCUAACAAUGAGGACGGUUCAAAUGAUGUGAAAGUUUAUUAUGCGAAACUACCACCUAAUAUUUCUCAACGAAAAAUACUGCUUAUGUACCCAAUUCUGGGCUCAGGAAACACCGUGCUCAAGGCACUUGAUGUACUCAGGACGUACGACGUUCCGAUGGAAAACGUGAUUUUGCUCACACUGUUUGUGUCACCCGAAGGACUCAGGAACGUCCUUGUUCGCAAUCCUGUGUUGCGCGUUGUCACGUCAGAGGUGCACCCGGUUGUUCCGACUCACUUUGGUCAGCGCUACUUUGGUACCAGUUGAUGUUGCUGUAUCAUCUGUGACCCCCACUUUUCGAUUUGUUUCAUGAGAAGCAACAUCCAUUUCCGAGUGGUUAUGUUCCUUGCAACCCAGGAACUAUUCGAAAGCACAAACAAUUGUCGUUUUUCUGCAAGUCAGCCUCGUAAUUUUUUUGUCCAAUUACGUCUCGGUGACUUUCUAUCCGUUUUUUACUUGUACAUUUUUGUGCGUCGUCUACGAAAUGUUUGAAGAGGUCUGAGCUGACUUGUCUCCAUUUGGUUCCCAGCCUUAACUUGUAUUUUUAUGUGCUCCGUAUCAUUUGUAAUUCCGUAGCACUUGUCUUCCUGAUUUCUAAUAGUUCAGAUGAGGUGAAUUUCCA